AUGGCGCGGCUCUUCGCGCUGCUGCUUCUGGCGGCUUGGUGUCUGUCCCAGGUGGGCGUGAUGUGCGGCGCCGGUUCGGUGCGCGUGGCGGGCAGCUUGACGCUGGGUGGCCUGUUCCCGGUGCACGCGCGGGGCGCGGCGGGCAGGGCAUGCGGGGCGCUGAAGAAGGAGCAGGGCGUGCACCGGCUGGAGGCGAUGCUCUACGCCCUGGACCGCAUCAACGCCGACCCGGAGCUGCUGCCUGGCGUGCGUCUGGGCGCGCGGCUGCUGGACACCUGCUCGCGGGACACCUACGCGCUGGAGCAGGCGCUGGGCUUCGUGCAGGCACUCAUCCGAGGCCGCGGCGACGGCGACGAGGCCAGUGUGAGCUGCCCCGGGGGUGUCCCUCCGCUGCGCGCCGCGCCCCCCGAGAGCGUGGUGGCCGUAGUGGGCGCUUCGGCCAGCUCCGUGUCCAUCAUGGUCGCCAACGUCCUGCGCCUGUUUGCGAUACCCCAGAUCAGCUAUGCCUCCACAGCUCCAGAGCUCAGCGACUCCACGCGCUACAACUUCUUUUCCCGAGUGGUGCCCCCAGAUUCCUACCAGGCCCAGGCCAUGGUGGACAUCGUUCGGACAUUGGGGUGGAACUACGUGUCCACACUGGCCUCCGAGGGCAACUAUGGCGAGAGCGGGGUUGAAGCUUUUGUGCAGAUAUCCAGAGAGGCUGGAGGAGUCUGUAUUGCCCAGUCCAUCAAGAUCCCCAGAGAGCCAAAGCCUGGAGAAUUCCACAAAGUGAUCCGCAGGCUCAUGGAGACGCCCAGUGCCCGGGGCAUCGUCAUCUUUGCCAAUGAGGAUGACAUCAGGAGGGUCCUGGAGGCAACACAUCAGGCCAACUUGACUGGUCACUUCCUGUGGGUUGGCUCAGACAGCUGGGGAUCCAAGAUUUCACCCAUCUUGAGCCUAGAGGAGGUGGCUGUGGGGGCCAUCACCAUCUUGCCCAAAAGGGCUUCCAUCAAUGGAUUUGACCAGUACUUCACAACUCGUUCCCUGGAGAAUAACCGCAGAAACAUCUGGUUUGCUGAGUUCUGGGAAGAGAAUUUUAACUGCAAACUGACCGGCUCAGGUAGCCAGUCAGAUGAUUCAACUCGCAAAUGCACGGGUGAGGAACGCAUCGGCCAGGAUUCCACCUAUGAGCAGGAGGGAAAGGUGCAGUUUGUGAUAGACGCUGUGUAUGCCAUCGCCCAUGCCCUGCACAGCAUGCACCGGGCUCUCUGCCCUGGCCACACGGGCCUGUGCUCAGCCAUGGAGCCUACCGACGGGCACACGCUGCUGCAGUACAUUCGAGCUGUCCGCUUCAAUGGCAGCGCAGGAACCCCAGUGAUGUUCAAUGAGAACGGAGAUGCCCCGGGGCGUUAUGACAUCUUCCAGUACCAGGAGACUAAUGGCAGUGCCAGCAGUGGCGGGUACCAGGCAGUGGGCCAGUGGGCAGAGGCCCUAAGACUGGAUAUGGAAGCCUUGCAGUGGUCAGGUGACUCCCACGAGGUGCCCCCUUCCCAAUGCAGUCUCCCCUGUGGGCCAGGAGAGCGGAAAAAGAUGGUGAAGGGCGUCCCCUGCUGUUGGCACUGCGAGGCCUGUGACGGAUACCGCUUCCAGGUGGAUGAGUUCGAAUGCGACGCCUGUCCCGAGCACAUGAGGCCCACGCUCAACCACACAGGCUGCCGCCCCACGCCCGUGGUGCGCCUCACUUGGUCCUCCCCCUGGGCAGCUCUGCCCCUCCUUAUGGCCGUGCUGGGCAUCAUGGCCACCAUCACCGUUGUGGCCACCUUCAUGCACCACAAUGACACCCCUAUCGUCCGCGCCUCUGGCCGGGAGCUCAGCUAUGUGCUGCUCACGGGCAUCUUCCUGAUCUACGCCAUCACCUUCCUCAUGGUGGCUGAGCCGAGUGCAGCUGUCUGUGCGGCCCGCAGACUCUUCCUAGGACUGGGCACCACGCUCAGCUACUCUGCCCUGCUCACCAAGACCAACCGCAUCUACCGCAUCUUUGAGCAGGGGAAAUGCUCGGUUACACCGCCGCCCUUCAUCAGCCCCACGUCGCAGCUGGUCAUUACCUUCGGCCUUACCUCCCUGCAGGUAGUGGGAGUGAUAGUGUGGCUGGGGGCCCAGCUUCCACACAGCGUGAUUGACUAUGAGGAGCAGCGGACAGUGGACCCUGAACAGGCCAGGGGGGUGCUCAAGUGUGACAUGUCAGAUCUGUCUCUCAUUGGCUGCCUGGGCUACAGCCUCCUGCUCAUGGUCACGUGUACGGUAUAUGCCAUCAAGGCCCGCGGUGUGCCCGAGACUUUCAAUGAGGCCAAGCCCAUUGGCUUCACCAUGUACACCACAUGUAUCAUCUGGCUGGCUUUCAUUCCUAUCUUCUUUGGCACUGCCCAGUCGGCUGAGAAGAUCUACAUCCAAACCACCACACUGACGGUGUCCCUGAGCCUGAGUGCUUCAGUGUCCCUCGGUAUGCUCUACAUGCCCAAAACCUACGUCAUCUUGUUCCACCCGGAGCGGAACGUGCAGAAGCGGAAGCGGAGCCUCAAAACAACGUCCACGAUGGCGCCGCCGCCCAAGAGCCAGAACCUGGAGGACCCCAAGUAGCAAGCGGCAUUCCCACGGUCCUCCGGUCCUUUCUUUUCUUCCCCGGGCUUCACAGAGGAAGCUGUAAAGCGUCCUAGCCCAGUGACCAAUCAGAGGCAGACUCUGACGACCAUGCCCAGCUCGGAAGAGCUGGACUGCCAUCCACCAUGGACUUCCUCUUUUCUAUGCGUGCCAGUCUCAUCCUUCCACACCGCAGAUCAGACAUCCUACCAGGGUAGGAAACAACCGCUGCCAGGAUUCUACCCGGUGAGAGGGAUUAAACCGACUCCCGCUGGGCUGAGGUUCAAACACCAUGAAGCCUGGGCCUGGCGGGGUGGGGUGAGAUUUCUUUUGAUCCACCACCAUAACCUGGAGCCUGAGCUCGGUGUCAGAAUGUGGAGAACCCAGCAAGAAAUCUAGGGUUAGAGCUGAGCGGUGGGGUACAGUCUCCACAAGAGAAAACCUGGUGUUGGGGGAAUUUGUAUUCUGGACUACAGCUCAGGUAAACAUUCUUCUGGCACAGAGAGAGUUGAGAGCCCUGGGGACAGAGGCUGAGCCUGAAGCCAAGAGGGGUGGGCAGGACCAGGGCAGGAUUCCCUGAGGUCCCUUUCAACAGGCUCUUUUCCUUGGGGUCCUUCCCCCAGGGUGCAGGCUAAUGUCAAGCAUCAUAGGGCUACUUCCCACUACUGUACAUAUUCCUUUAAAUUACCCCCAACCUUACAAAAUUCCGACACACUAGGGUGUUCUUAUAAGAAUUAAGGAACAGGGUGGCACUUGCUGCCCCUCUGAUGGCUCAGCUGGGUUGUGCUCUGAUAGUCCAGGACCAGACCUGUGUCUGGGUGAGGAUCAAUUCCAAGGUCAUAACUUAGGAUGUUUAUAAAGGCUUUUCUCCCCUAAUAUGUCCUGGGAAGACCCCUCUGAAAAGUGGGUAUGAGGCAUGGGGAGUAAGGUUGGAAUAUGAGGUAUACAUUUUUUUUUUUUACAAGAAGCUGGGAUUUAGUUAGAUUUUGUUUCCCUGUUAUAUAAAUGUAUUUAGUUAGCUGUUUUUAUUUAUUGUCAGUUCUCCAGUAUUUAAUGUGUAGAAUUAAUUUUUAAAGUGAGCCACACUUCAAACAAUGGACACAAUGGACAGAUGCACAGUGAGUUUCGACCUUGAGAUGAGAAGUUUCAGCAUCUCUUCUUCAUCAACAAGCUUCCCUUUAACGUUUCUGCUGGACAGCAUCUCCUUCUCACUUUGUGUAUUCCUUGGUCUCUCCACAACCUGAAGCAUGCAGUUUCAUUUAUUGAAAAAUGCUUUCUGAAGCUCAGAACUAAGGCUUCUGUGCUGUGUGGGUCCUCAGAAGUGUGGUGUAGCAGGAGGCCUCCAAAGAUGGCACGGACCCAGAGCCCUGGGAUUCAGUGAGAACUCACUUCACUUCUUGGUCCGCAAAUAGCCCGCCAAAAGGAGCCCACCCCUCCA